CCUGAAGGACGUCGACGUGAGGAAUACAAUGACUAUUCUGAUGACACUUCCUGCCACGAGCCUGCUACGAUAAUUCAGAACUCACCCAGGACGUUUCGCCCGCCACACAUCAGCUGACUGGAUACCAUGGUAACCAAUCAGGUUGUGCUGCUGCUGCUGCUCUGUAUCCCGUGGCCCAGCAUCGCCCUGCCUUUCACACCUGGGAAUAUUGGAAAACUGCUGGGGAUGGCGGAGAGUGAUGGGAGGAUCCUCCAGCGCUCCAAACGGGGAUGGAUGUGGAAUCAAUUCUUUCUGCUGGAGGAAUACACAGGAAAUGACCAUCAAUACGUCGGCAAGCUCCACUCCAACAUGGACAAAGGCGACGGCACCGUGAAGUACGAGCUGACUGGAGACGGCGCGGGCACACUGUUCCUCAUCGAUGAGAAGUCGGGCGACAUCCAUGCCACCAAGAGGCUGGACCGCGAGGAGAAAGCCAUGUACACGCUGCACGCCAAAGUCCUGGACCGGAGAACCAACAUGGAGCUGGAGCCCGACACCGAGUUCAACAUCAAGAUCCACGACAUCAACGACAAUGCGCCAAAGUUUGCCAAGGACAUCUACUUCGCCAGUGUCCCUGAAAUGUCUGAAGUUGGUACAUCUGUCGCCACGGUGACUGCCACUGAUGCCGACGAUCAAACGUAUGGGAACAGUGCCAAGCUCGUAUACAGCAUCCUACAGGGACAGCCGUAUUUCUCUGUGGAUUCUGAAAAUGGCACCAUAAAAACAGCACUGCCCGGCAUGGACAGAGAAGUCAAAGAGAACUAUCAGGUUGUGAUCCAGGCUAAAGACAUGGCUGGACAGAUGGGAGGGCUGUCAGGAACCACCACAGUCAGCAUCACCCUCUCCGACGUGAACGACAGCCCGCCACGCUUCGCUAACCAUUCCUUCCGCGUGACUGCCGUGGAGUCGACGGACAUUGGAGGCGCUAUUGGCCGAAUCAAGGCCGAUGAUCCAGACGUCGGGCGCAAUGCGGAGAUGGAGUACAGCAUCGUCGGCGGUCACGACAUAUUCAACAUCAUCACUGACCAAACCACACAAGAGGGAGUCGUUAUCAUCAAAAAGCCUCUGGAUUAUGAAAGUAAAAGGGAUUACGAGUUCCGAGUGGAGGUGAGAAACACCUACUUGGACGCCAGGUUCAUCCACGGUUUGCAGUUCAAAGACUACGCCACGGUCAAGGUCACAGUGGAGGACAUGGACGAGCCCCCGGUUUUCACCAGGAACCCGUACAUCAUUGAGGUACACGAGGACACUGCGGCCGGAAGCUUCGUUGGCGUGGUGUCGGCCAGGGACCCCGACGCCGACAACAAGCCAGUCAAAUACUCCAUCGAUCGACACACAGAUCUCGAGAGGUUGUUCAACAUCGACUCUGUGAACGGUACCAUCACAACGCUAAAAGCUCUGGAUCGAGAGAUGUCCAAAUGGCACAACAUCUCUGUGGUGGCCACUGAAAUAAAUAACCCGCGCCAGACUACCCGAGUCCCUGUGUUCAUCAAGGUGUUGGACGUCAACGACAACGCUCCGGAGUUUGCGAUGUCCUACGACACGUUCGUCUGCGAGAACGUCAAAGCGGGACAGCUGAUUCAGACGAUAAGUGCCGUGGACACAGACGAGCCCCUGGUCGGACAUAAGUUUGUCUUUAGUAUAAGUGCCACCAACCCAAACUUCACUAUCAGUGACAGGGAAGAUAACACGGCCAACAUAUACACGCGGAGGGGAGGCUUCAGCCGGCGCGAGAUGAGCGUGUACUUCCUGCCCAUUGUCAUCUCGGACAACGACUACCCCAUCCAGAGCAGCACCAGCACGCUGAUCGUGCGCGUGUGCGCCUGCGACAGCCGUGGGAACAUGCAGUCGUGUGACACGGAGGUGCUGCCCUUCUCAGAUGGCCUCACGACGGGAGCGCUGGUGGCCAUACUGCUCUGUGUCAUCAUUCUCCUCAUGAUCGUGGUGCUGUUUGCUGCCCUGAGGAGACAGAGGAAGAAGGAGCCUCUGAUCAUCUCCAAGGAGGAUGUCAGAGACAACGUUGUCAGUUACAACGAUGAAGGGGGCGGAGAGGAGGACACUCAGGCCUUUGAUAUCGGCACGCUGCGCAACCCAGAGGUGAUGGACGCUAACAAGCUACGGAGGGACAUCAUACCCGAAAUGCUGUUUCCCUUUCGUAGGACAUCACCUAUAAAGGAUAACACGGACGUCAGAGACUUCAUUAACGGGAGGCUUCAGGAGAACGACUCAGAUCCCACAGCGCCCCCCUAUGACUCGCUGGCCACGUAUGCCUACGAGGGCACCGGGUCGCUGGCGGAAUCCCUCAGUUCGCUGGAGUCCGCCGCGACGGAGGGUGACCAGGAUUACGAUUACCUCAGCAACUGGGGGCCGCAGUUCAAGAAGUUGGCAGAGAUGUACAUAGGCAGGAGCCCGGACAGAGAGACCUAAAAGAAGCCAUGACAGUCUCUCUCUCUCUCUCUUUUUACCCUGUCCAUUAUUGUUUCUGUCUGUUUCUCUAGCUACUUAGCCAGACAGCUACACUACUGUGCAAAAUAAAAAAAAAAACAACCCACAAAGUCAUAUUCCCGUUUGAGAGCGACCUUGCUGAUGACGCAAAACUGUGAUUUUAUGUCUGUCAGAUUAUGAAGCCUGAGGUGUUUUGAAUGGGAUGACGUGAUUGGAAAGUUAGCAACAAAUCAACGGGAACAUACACAACAUUCUGUAUGUACAAGUGUAACCUCUAACUUUUCAUAAGACUUCACUGCAAACCCAGUUUGGAAACACAUAAACAAGGAGCAGCAAAAACAGGCUGUAUGUGGAUGAGAGAAAUAAGCGUUAUUCGGACGGGAUUAGUUUUACAUGUGGAUACAUUGCUGUUCCAUAUCAGCAAGGAUUACGGCGACUUUUACCUGGGGCGAAAAAGGGUCUGGAACAAUUACCCCAAGUAAUACUAAUUACGUGCGACUAGACCCGCAGUAACUUGUGAUAUCGAGACAUGAGGUCAGGAGGUGACGGCGGUGCAUAAAUCAGGCGCCACUCAGUGUCCGAGAAGCCGGGGUAAAGUUGUUUUUGCGCUGAGCUGGAUCAGGGAUCAUCGGUUCACUAUCCCCCGUGUCAGGUUACUGGGAAGUGUGAAGGUCUACCCAAUUGUGGUAGAUUUACUGAGAUUUCUUAUCCCAUGUGAAUUGGCCAUUAAUAUUACAGAUUACAUUACUCUCCACGUAAAACUAAUCCCGUCUGAAUAGUGCUUUAGAGAGAGUGUUAGCUUUGGCCAAAGCUUACUGUUUUGCUACUAGGGUUGGGGAGGAAAAAAAAAUCGUCUCAUCCAAUAAUGAUAUCACAGUACUCAGCAUAUUGCAAUAUUGCGAUAAUAUUGUAUUGUGACCUACGCAUCGCAAUAAUAUUGUAACGUGGUGUCUCUGGUGAUUCUCACACCCGAUUAUCAGCUUUCAACCAUCGAUAUUUUAAUGUGUCACACAUUUAAACACAUUUAUUCUCCACAGGUCAAGAUCUUUUCUUUUUUACGAAUGCUGUUCAUUUAAUGACCAAAAUAUAAUGAACUCCUUACAUACAAAGCCUUUAAGUGUGUCUGGCAUUAGGUAUGUAAUAGCACAUAUGCAGUAAUCUACAACAUCAGGGGUUAUAGUACUUGAAAAAGUCAAAAAAACAGUAACGCAGGUGUUGCAAACGGCAAUACACUGGAGGGUUUGCGCUACAUUUUAAAUAACAUAUGGAGGUUGCACUGAAUAAUUGACACGUUAGCGUGUAAAAGCUAAUUAUUUUCUGAUAAUUGUCAUUUUUAAAUACUACACACAGACUUUUUUCUUUUCUCUGGUUGCACUUGUUGAAAAAAGACUGAGAAAUAAUGUAUUUUAUUGCUUAAAAAACAACAAAAACUAAUGUUGGCCUUUUUGCACAGUACUGUGUUGAUCUGGUUAGUGAGCUAGCCAGCUAGUCUGACUGUCCGUCUACCUAUCUAUCAAGCUAUCUAUCUGUUUAUCUGUCUAGUUUGCUAGCUAGCUCGCUGGUUGACUAGUGGUCUAUUUGAUUCUCAUACACGCGCUGUGUGCGCGGGACGCUGAAAAAUGGAAAAAUCAAGACUUGAACUGAGUUGAAUUUUUCUCACCACUGAGUGGGAAACACAGUGUAAUUCUCAACGUUUUAUCCGUUUUUUGGUCAUAAUCAGUAAAGAUGCCUUUGACUUUUAGGAUUUUUUGUGAACAAUGGUGUGGACAUUGUGUGUUUUUUGUAAGUGACCCGAGCGAUAGUAGUAUUGUAUACUAUCAAUGUUUAAUGGCACUGGACUGGGGGGCUUUGGAUUCCGGGGGAGGGGAAGGAGUUGAGGAGCUCUGUUAAAAUGCUGUAAAACAAAAAAAGAAAGAAGAAAAAAAAAAGUGUUUUUAAAUGAUGGACAUCCUCUAUACUAUUUGCUAUCCUUGUUUGACGAG